AGCUAAGGCUACUUGCAUUGUCUGGCCUCCAAAACGUUGGCAGUUCUUAAAUCCCGAGGUACGUGAGCACAGAUUACCGCUCAACAUCCUGAGAUCGUCUGUUGCCUAAAACGAGUAACUGUGAAGAGAGAGCACCAUCAUGCGAGCCGUAAGCUUUGUUAAACGGCUGCAAUGGGACGUCCCAGGAACAAUUUUCAGACAUGGUAUGUCACUAGGCGAUGUUGAUAACGAUGGCGACAACGAAUUGGUUGUUGGAACCGCAGAAGGGGAGCUAUAUAUUUUUAAAGGUUCGGACUUGUGGCAGAAAAUAACAGGUCUUGGUCUCAUAACUUGCCUAACAGUCGGCGACAUUUUUAACUACGGUCGUAAUGCUCUGGUAGUAAUUUGCGGGGAUGGAUGGGUCCACAUCUUCUACAGUCCUCGACCAGUCAACCCAACUGCAACAUCGCUGGGCUCGGUGGGUUCGGUGGGCCUUUUACCUGUAAUAAAAGAGUCUACUCUUCAAGAUCAGUCCGGCGCACCGACCGGGCCAACCAGCGUGGACGUGGCCACAGGUAUGAGCAGUAUGAUGAACUCGUCAGGUUCUGAUCAAAUGGAUAAUAACGUGGAAUCGAAUGAGCCCUCUGGGAAAAUGCAGUGCGUUCACGUUCAACGUAUUCCUACAAACACCAAAGUAGUCCUCCUCGCUGAUGUAGACAAAGAUGGGGCUGUGGAAAUGAUCCUGGGACUGACCGAUCGCGUUGUGCGAUCUUACAGAUGGUCUAGUAGCGCCGAACUUGGGUCUCGCAGACUAAUUGGUUUAAAUAAAUGGGAAUGUGCCGACCAAAUUGGAACUGUAACUCUACAGCACACUGGGGAUGGCACACCGACUCUGCUAGUUGCACAGCCAGGCGGAACGUUUAUGAGGAUAAAAUGCAGUCCUGAAGAUUGUAAUUUUGAUGAUCCUGAUGGCUCGGAGACGAACAGUGAAGUAGCAGCAAGUUGCGUGGACUAUCAGAUGCUGGGAAUAUCAAGAAUGCGAAACCCGAAUAUCUCGACAGAGAUUCUGGGUGACCUUGAGCCCGGAAAGCAGGAAUUUGUGUCUGCAUUGGACACUGAGGCAACAAAGUUUUCGGCGAAAAGUGUUUCUACUAAACAGAACACCUUCUCAGACGACAGUCAGCUCGGAAUGAACGAGUUCAAAGCCUCGUCUUUGGAAUUUAAGCGGAAUUAUUCUCAGCCGGAAAUGCGGAAGGCAAGUCUAGACGCAGUGGAUAUCAUUCGUCGAAGAGAAAUUAUCGCCCAGCAUGACCAAGCUGUGAGUUUUUACACCAGGCACGACACACGUGGCAUCGACACGAUCGACGGGAAUUUUAUCGGCGGUAACAUCGUUCUGGGUGAGUUUGACGUGAGGACAGAUAAAAAGUCUCUUCUUCCAACGCACAAGGACUUUUUGCCGUCUAUAGACGACAAUAAAGAUAACAACAAUCGUAGCGAGAGCGAUGAUAAGAACUCCCAGGAUUCCGUCGGUGCCAGAAAAGGAAAACCAUAUGCUCUAGCCACCCUAGACGGAACAAUUAUGCUCGUACAAGAUGAAGUUAUUUUAUGGGCGAUGCAGGUGGAUCACCAAAUAUUUGCUCUGUGUCGAUUGGAUGUUACUGGCGAUGGGACGGAUGAGAUAGUCGCAUGUGCCUGGGACGGUCAGACAUACAUACUUGAUCAGCAAAAAAAUAGCGUACGAUUCCAAUUCGAAGAACCAGUGAGAGCCUUCUGUACUGGAAAAUACAGCGUUUCAUCUGGAUCGUCAAGCCCCUGUUUAGUCUACAAUACAUUUCAAAAUAAAAUAUUUCUGUAUCACGACGUGAUUUUACCGAGUAUGAUGGUGUCCUCAUUGGAUCCUCUUGACGCACUUCAUGACGAGGAGAAAAGAAUAUUGGAAGAGUGGUUAAGCAAGGACAGUGAAACAGGGAAAGAGCACAAAAUGCAGCUAUUAACUGAAUGGUUACUGUACAGCAAUGAUUGUUUGUAGAAAUAAAAGAAUAAAAAAUCGGUGUUCUUAUAGAAAUUAUAAAAAUGCCAAUAGGCUAUUUAAAAUGAAAUAAACUACUAAUUCUUGUUACU